ACGUCCAUGGACCUGGGCGCCCUCUUCGGUGGCAGCAGCGCACCCGCCCGGCUGCUGAUCGAGCGGGACCAGUUCGUGCUCGACGGGCAGAACUUCACCGUGCGGGCUGGCUGCGUCCACUACUUCCGCGUGCAUCCCGACCUGUGGGAGGACCGGCUGGCGCGGAUAGCGGCGCUCGGUCUGAACGCGGUGCAAACCUACGUGCCGUGGAACUACCACCAGGCGUGGAACGCCAGCAGCCUCGGGCCCGCCCGGGUCGACCUCGACUCGCCCUCUCGCGACCUGCCUCGCUUCCUGCGGCUGGCGCACGGGCUCGGGCUGCGCGUGGUGCUGCGGCCGGGCCCGUACGUGUGCGGCGAGUUUGAGUUUGGCGGGCUGCCGGCCUGGCUCCUCCGCGACGGCCCCAUCGAGCUGCGGACCGACGCAGAGCCGUACAUGGGUCACGUCGAGCGCUGGUGGGGCGAGCUGCUGCCGCGGCUGCGGCGAGAGGGGCUGAUGCUCGACGACGGAGGGCCAGUCAUGCUCGUGCAGAUCGAGAACGAGUACGGCCACUUUGGCGACGUGUCCGAGGUCGAGGCAGACCGCCGCUACCUCGAGCGCCUCGCCGACCUCGCGCGACGCCACCUCGGCACUCCACCGCCUCGCCUGCCCCGCUCUCCAGCCGCGCCGCGCACACGUCUCCGCGACACGUCCAUGGCAUGGCCUCACGCUCUCCCGCCGCCGAGCCGUCGCCGCUCGUCGCAGGUGCUCACGACGGUGGACUCGUGCGACGUGCCCGAGGACGCGUGGGCCGCGCAGCGCAGCUUCAACCCGCCCGGCCGCUCCCCCUUCUUCUGCUCCGAGCUCUGGGUCGGCUGGUUCGCGCACUGGGGCGAGCCCGCGCGGCCAAACCUGGCGGCACAGCGCGCGCGGGACGUCGCCGAGAGGCUGCGGCGCGUGCUGGCGGUCAACGGCGGCACCGGCUCGGUCUCGCUCUACAUGGCGCAUGGCGGCACUUCGUUUGGCUGGUGGGCCGGCGCAAACACCGCCGACGGCAUGUACUUGCCCGACACGCCGUCGUACGACUACGGCGCGCCGAUCGGCGAGGGCGGCGGGCACGGGCUCGACGAGGCGGGAGGAGACAAGUACGCGGCCCUGCAGAGCGUGCUGCUCGAGGCGCCGUCGGGUGGCGGGUCUAGCGUACCCUCGUCCUCGCCGUCCGCCUCUCGCCCCCCCCCCCCUCCCGCGGAGCCGCAGCCGCUGCGGGAGGAGCCGCCGCCGCCGCGCCGCCUCUCUUCCACGGUCGAGGUUGAGCUGCCCGAGGCGGUGAGGCUGAUGGAGGCGGAGACGCUGGCCGCGCUCUCGGGCGGGGGGCGCUGCUGCGACGAGCUGCCUCUGCCGAUGGAGGAGGUCGGGUGCGACUACGGCAUCGUUGUGUACGAGACAGAGCUUCCCGCGGGCGGCGGAGGGCCGCUGCAGGUCUCGCGGCUGCGGGACCGGCUGCUCGCCUUUGUGGACGGCGAGUUCGUCGGCCGGAUGUACCGGCAGCAGGGGUGGGGGCGCGCCGACCCAAAGGGGCUGCUGAUGCCGCCGCCGCGGCCGUACCCGCGCACGCUGCGGCUGCUCGUCGAGAACUUGGGCCGCGUCGGCUUUGUCGACCUGCCUUGGUUCUCGCGCACCUUUCUGCUCGACCAGCGAAAGGGCAUCUUGGGCGGCGUGUGGCUGAACGGCACUCUGCUCAAUCGCACCGGCCCCGACGGGCAGGCAGGCUGGCGCACCCACUGCCUGCCCUUUGACGACGCCCAGCUCGACGUGCUGCGCCGGCUGCCGGCGCGGCAACCGUCCGGCCUGCUCGACACCGCGGGCAGCGUGGCGCUCGGCGCGGGCAGCGUGGCGCUGGACGCGGGCAGCGUCGCUGUUAGCGUGGCUGGAGCGAUGCUGCACCUGGCGCAGGGCAGCGAUCGGGACUCGCCCCCGUCGCUGCCGUCGUUGCUGCCGUCGUCGCAACCGCCCAGCGCCGCGACCGCCACUUUUUACCGCGGCGCGUUCGAGCUGCCCUCCGCUGAUGCUGGCGCCGACGCCUGGCUCGCCCUCGGCGGCGGCUGGGCGCAUGGCACGGCGUGGGUCAACGGCUGGCACCUCGGUCGCUAUUGGCUGCCAGAGGGCCCACAACGCUCGCUCUAUGUGCCCGGGCCGUUGCUGCGCGAGGGUGGCAACGAGUUGCUGCUGCUGUCCCUCGACGUGGCGGAGGCGGAGGCGGACGGACAGCCGCGUUGGGCGCGCCUCUACCCCUCUCCCAACCACACGGGCGCACGCUCAGCUCCGCAAGAGACGGCCGCCGCCUCCUCGCGCCAGCUGCAAAUCUACUCGUACGCCGCCGCGUACAGCGCCACCAAGCUCACCUCCGCCAAUGCACGCCACGCUGUCGUCGACGCCUUCUCUCACCUCGAGGGCCUCUUGUCGCUCGGAUCCAAGAUCAUCCGGCUGCGGGCCCCGGCGGAGCCCGCCGCCCAGCGCCCGUCCGCAGCACCAAUCGUCGCUGCGAUCGCCGCAGCGGGCGCUCUCCUCGCGCUCGUGGCCGCCGCGUAUGUAUUUCGUGCCGGCCGCUUGCGGCGGCCGUGGCGGCGGAGAGAUCGCGCCUUGGCCCGUCGUUUUUUUCUUGUGUGAGGGUCACACCGCACGAUAUCUUUCGGUUCGCACUUCGCCCUCACAAAAGUUCAUACCUUACCAUACCUUAUCUUAC